AUGAAAAUAACAGUGCAACAAUUUGUGUUUUGCGUGCUCGCCCUUGCGCUUGCGAACUGCGAUGACCCCACACAAAUAGAAAAAUAUGAUAAAAAAGUUAAAACUUACCAACUGGAUGUGCCUGGAAAGGAUCCCAUAACUAUUAUAGAAAACGCACGUGACGAAAAUAAUCCCGAAGAUAAAUGGGAGAACGUAGCUUUUGAACAUAAGGAUAAGGAAGACGCAGAGUUGAAAAAUUUAAUGACACACAUAGUGCAUGACUUUGAUGGAAAUCGCCCAAGGUGUUACGGCCCUUCCUGCCAAGAUGGUUUUAACAGCGAAGAAGACGAAGCAGUUGAUGAUUACAUAUUAACCGCAGACAAACUGAAAGAUUAUGGUGAUCUACCCCAGGAUCGGCUACAAGCAAUAUCUGCGCUUGCGGCAAAGCUGAAAAAGGAUAAGAUAAAAGCUGAUAGAUAUGCUUCAAUGAAUGGUGAUGAAAAUGAUGAAGAUGGAAAUGGAAAAGUUUACACUACUUGGAAUCGGUUAAAAGUGAAGCAGCACAAACACCCUUACGAUGAUAAAGACGGGUGGGUGACGUUAGAGCCCGUCGCGUGGUCUACAAGUAAGAUUUCAAAGUGGAAGCCCAAUGUUAAAAAACAGAAACCAAAUCACUGGAACGAUGAUGAAAACAGAUUUCCCAGUAAUGAUAGAUUUCCUAGUGACGAUAGAUUCCACAAUGAUGAUAGGUUUCAUAAUGAUGAUAAGUUUUAUAAUGACGAUAAGUUCCAUAAUGAUGAUCGGUUUCAUAGUGAUGACAGGUUUACUUCUACUCAAGAUUCUGGUAAUAAUUAUAACUAUAAGCCGCAAAAGAGACCGUCUACUCGUCCCGGUUACAUCAAUAACAAAUUGCACAUGUCUACAGAAUAUGAUUCGGAAGUGCCGUCAAAACCCUCGUGGGCUAAACCUCAACAAACCAGCUACCCAGCAUCAUGGGCCCCUGACGAAGGAAGACGUCCCCACAAGCCCAACUGUGAUAAUCAAGACCAUUAUUCCGAUGAUGACGCUGUAUUCUACGGUAUGUCAGAUUCCGUAGUGACUGAUCAUCGACCACCUAAUUUCCCGUAUGAGUACGAGGCUCUUCACCAAUCUUCGAGUUCACCACAAAAGCGUCCUUACAGGAGGCCUACUCAAGUUGUGUAUUCUGGUGGUAAUGAUUACGAAACCGAUCGUAUCUCAAGACCACCUCAUGGGGAUGGUCAAUGGGUGUUGCUAUCAACUACUAAAGGAUACAGGAACAAGAAACGACAGCGUUCUCUAAAUCCACCGGCUGAUAAUCGCGCAGACGUAUCGACUAUGACUUCACAUCAAGCUGUAGCAUUAACGGUAUUGCCUGUUGAUAAAGCUCACACGAAUAUGACGACUUCACACGGUGGUUUGCUCGAAGUAGAAAAGAGUUUCCAAACUGUUGAAGAAUCCAAACGCGAUAUGGACAAGAAGAAUGACUUAGAUGUUGCAAUGACACAGUUUAGGCCCGUGUUGAACAAAAAUAGGCUUCUUAAAAGGAAGAUUGUGUCCAAUGUGUCACCAGAUAGUUCGACACUAUUAGCUGCAGUGGGCGCAGGAAUGGUCCCUGCAACCAUGGCUAUGGUAGUUCCAAUGAUGUUGGGGAAACGUAGGAGAAGGGAAAUAAAUAGAACGCCAGAUUCAGAAUUAGAUAGUUUACUUUUAUAUAAAUAUCGAUAAAUACAUUAUUAGUUAGCUUAAGAUAUUAUUUAUUGCCUAUUUAUUAAAUAAAUUAUUUUGUAUGAGUUUUUGUGAUAUUGGAAUGUUUGAGACUUGGCGUGAUUGCUUUCGUUGGACUUGUUUUAUGAAGGAAAUUUUACUUACGACUUAUCUCAUUUAGAUUUAGUAAGACUGUUGUGAUUUUUAUAGUUGUG